AUGAUCUGUUGCAGUAGCAAAAAGAGUAAAUAGCAAACUUCAGAAAUAACUAAAAAGAGAAGCAAAAUAUUAUCUGAUUUUAUAGAAGAAAUAAACAACGAAGCUAUGACUCUCUAUUAAUCACCAAACUGUCAAAAUCUUUCUAUUAUGUUUUAAUAUUCUGGAGAACCUUAAACAAUGAAAUCAAGCUCUAAUACAAAAAUUUGUAGAUCAGUUGAACGCUUAGCUAGUCCAAUUCCCAACAUUACACCAAGAAAAACUUCCUUUAAUAUUUUCAAAUGUGCAAAAACAAACCAAAAUACAAAGUUUAUAUCGACGAAAAGUGGUUUCACAUUAUUAGUAACAAAGGCACGCUUAUGA